AUGCACUGGACUGGGAAGCUACAUAUGACCAAGUGGACAACCCCAAAUAACUUGAAUAAUUUUAGUGUAUAUCCGCCGAAAAUAUUUGUUGUUCAUAACCUUUGUGUGUACAUAAUAAACUCAACUAAAACAUCACAAAAUGCCUGCUUAUGAAGCAUCAAUCAUCUUAAAAAAUUUCGCACAAAGGGAAAUAAUGAAAGAUGUACUGAAAGCAGCUUGCAGAAUAGUAUAUUCAGAGGACGGUGUUGUUAGGAAGAUGGAAAACCUUGGUGUCCGAGAGCUCCCACAUCCCAUGAGAGUGCAGAGAAGACGAGUCACACAUGGACACUAUUUCCUACUCCAGUUCGACAGUUCCGUUGAGGGCAUGAGAAACCUCGAAAAGAAAUACAAAAAUACAGCAGAAAUUAUGAAGUUUGGAAUCAUUAAACGUGAGGAGGAACCACGCAGACCCUGUUUAGAUGGACCUUGUUUGUUUGGAGAGUUGGCGCACCCUGAACAUGAACGGACAGCUUACAAGAGAAAAGUGCUUCGAAAUUUUAAUAACAGGACUGUUAAAUCAUAAUGAUACUUAACUUUCGGAGGGUUUCAUUAUCACACUAUUACACAUGUAUUGUAUGUAAAUAAAAUUAUAUCAUUAA